UGGUGAGAAUGAACGUCGAGACAGUAACCAGCAGUAAAGAUGAAGGAAGGAGAACACCACUGAGUGAUGCAGGAAACGAAUCAGAUGGAGACUGCAAGUCAGAAACGAGUGACAAAAUUAGGAGCGACGAGUCUUCUGACAGUGAAAAAGAAGAUACAAAAGUGGAAGAGAAAACCAGUGACCCAGACUCAGUUUCAUCACUACCUUCUUUGGAAGAUGAAAAAGAAAAUAAGACUGAUAAAACAAAUGAUAAAAAGAUGAAGAAGAGUGUGAAGAAAGAUGAGAGCACCAGAAAACCAAAGUCUGAUGACAAAUCGGUGGCGAGGCUUGAACGUUAUAUUGCCCUCUGCGGCGUGAGGAGAAAUUACAAGAAGCUGCUGGAGGACUGCCGCUCCCAGGUGGCUGUUCUGAAGAAGGAGCUUGAAGAGCUUGGUGUACAUGGUCAGCCAACUAUUCAGAAAUGGAAAAAGGUCAGAAUGAAGAGAGAGCAAGCUCAAGAACUGUCUGCUCUUGAUGUCAACAACAUCAUUACCACACAAGGUCGACCUACACGCAGGGGUGCCUCAGCAAGUCAGAAACAACAGGACUGUCCGUCCUCUGAAUAUCAGCGCACUCUAAACUCGGAAUCAGACAGUGAUCAGGAAAACAAUACCCACAGAGGUCGCAGGAAAAUGUCCGAAUGGGCUAACCUGCAGGGGAUCAUCAGUGAUGACACAGACAGUGACUGAUGAGUCUGGUUUCCCCCUAGGAAGUGUUCGAUUUGUUUGUUUGUUUUAAUGUUUUUGAUACUAGGUCUAGCAUCUCUCUAAUGAGAUGCUUGAUUUUAGGUGGGGGGGUGUUAUGACCCAGGGUCAUUAUUUGCGGUACGGUGUUGUUAUUGUUUGUAUUUGUAUUCAGUGUUGCUUGUUUCCAGGUGGAGGCCACCCAUUGGUGGAGGAAGGAAAGAGGCCAGCUACAAAAGGGGUUGGACUGGGUCGGCGAGCAGACUUCCUGGUUUCCCGUGAGCUGUGUGUCUGGGGACCGUCGUGGUGUGUGACUGCACGGGGCUGCAAUAUUAAUGCUGAAAAAGGGGUUGUACCUGGGCUUGGUAGCUGUAGGGGUGGGAAGCCGUUUUCUUUUAUUCCCCUCUUUUCUCCUGUUUCGGGUAGGGAGACAGGUUAGAGAAUUGUAUUUUGUUUUGGGAUCGUGGGAGGUAAGUUAGCUUUGUUUUUCUUUCUAGUGUGUUUUGUUUGUUGUUUUGGCAUCGCCCACCCUGAAGCUCGCUACCUGUUCAGUAAAUAAAUUAACCAACUCUCGUCAUUCUGCCGUGGUGUGAUUUUUUUUUUGUCGUUAUUAUGUAUUGGGUUUAU